UUGUCCCGCAGCUGUCUACAGGGAGGGGCGGUGCUUCACCUCCACCUCCUCCGCCUCCACUACUCUGCUGCUCGGUCAGCUCCGUCAGUCCUCUCUGGAGGAUGGAGAUGUUCGGCUUCCUGCUCUCACUUUACCACCGCGAACAGAGUCAGCCAUGAGGACGGUAUUAGGAAAUGUUGACCCGACAUGUGCGGUGUUGUGACGGCGUGUUUGUCCCGCUAUGAGCCGCGGAGCGCAGGUCGGGACAUGAGGAGCGUCUGGAUCCUGAUCCUCAUCACCGGGCUGCCCGCCGGAGGAUCCCCGCUGCUGCUGCUGGAGCCGGAGGAUUUUCUGGAGAAGUAUGGCUACCUCCAUCAGGAUCACCACAUCCACAACGCAGUCGAGGUGCAGUCAGCCAUCCGUGAGUUCCAGUGGCUGUCCCGUCUCCCCGUCACUGGUGAACUGGACAGCGCCACCCUGCGACAGAUGGCCGAGCCUCGCUGUGGGGUGUCGGACGAGGGCAGCCAGCAGAUCUGGGCUCAGAGAGUGAAUGUCAUCUUCACUGGAAAGAGGCAUCACCGCAAGAGGCGCUCUGCUGGCCAAGCUGAGAAGUGGUACAAGCGUCAUCUGACCUACCAGAUCGUGAACUGGCCUCACCACCUGUCUCUGAGCUCCGUGCGGCUGGCGGUGCGCGCUGCCUUCCAGCUGUGGAGCAACGUGUCGGGUCUGGUCUUCCAGGAGGCCCCCGGAGGCCCCGCAGACAUCAGGCUGGCCUUCUAUGAGGGAGAUCACAACGACGGGGCCAGCAACGCUUUUGAUGGACCAGGGGGAACUCUGGCUCACGCCUUCCUGCCUCGCCGAGGUGAAGCCCACUUCGACAUGGCAGAGAGGUGGACGCUGAACGGACACAAGGGACACAACCUGUUCAUGGUUACCGCCCACGAGAUCGGACACACUCUGGGACUGGAACACUCCCCCGUUCGUCACGCUUUAAUGUCGCCGUACUACAGGAAACUGGGCCGCAGCCUGGUUCUGAGCUGGGACGACAUCAUCGCAGUGCAGCAGCUGUACGGUAAACCAUUAGGCGAUCGUCCUGUGAGGUUGCCAGGUCAGGUUCUGGACGCUGCGCUGCAGGAGUGGGAGUUCACAGAGCUUCAGAGCAGACAUGAGACACCAGGACAGCCGCUCUACUGCCAGGGUGUCUUUGAUGCCAUCACUAUGGACCAGAAUGAGACAGUGCUGGUGUUUCGGGGCAGUGUGUACUGGACAGUGUCAGCUGAGGGCAGUGUGAGCGGUCCGCUGCCUCUCCGUCAGCGCUGGCCUGACCUUCCUCCGGCCAUCGAGGCUGCUGCCUUCUCCCCUCUGGACUCCAAGUGGUAUUUUUUCAAAGGGAAGCGUAUAUGGCGCUACAAAGGCAGUGUGCUGGACCUCGGCUUCCCCAGGAGGAGCAGCGACUUGGGGCUGCCUCAUCACCCGGACUGUGCCUUCUAUUACGCCCCGCUGGGUCACAUGGUGAUCUUCAAAGGUUCCCGCUACUCUGUACUCGACCUUAAAACCCUGCACCAAGAACCCUACUACCCCCGCAGGCUGACAGACUGGACUGGUGUGCCGCAGGGAACCAACGGGGCGCUGACCCGUCCAGAUGGACGCCUUUACCUGUUCAGAGAACAGCGCUUCUGGAGGUUUGACCCGGUGAAGGUGCGAGUCACCAGACAGGGGGAGUGGGCAAAAGAUCUGAGCUGGACUGGUUGCAGCAACACUCCUCAGAGCAACAACGUCAUUUGACCAGCAGAGGGAGCUGUGGGACUUAAAGUGCAAUUUGUUGAGACUUUAAAACCAACAGUGACUUUAUAUGUUGCAGGAACUCAGCAGAAAUAAGGCUACUUGGUUUGUAAGUUUUUAAUCAGUAUUUAUACUGCUGAGCAAUUAGUAUUACUGUAUAUGGAUGUGUAUUACAGCCUCAGUUUUUGGUCAGAUCAUUAUCUAAACUGUAAUACUGUUUUUAGAUGUCGACAGUGUUACACAGCAGCUUUAAUGACUUUUGUUUUCUUUGAACACUGACAAAAAAAAAACAAAAGAUACAUUCAUAGUGUGUUAGUGACUAACACACUAUAAAUUAUACUACUGACUUUGGCCUGUGAUUGUGUGUUACUUCCUGAUGUCCAGCUAUAGUAGAUGGUAUAUCACUUCAUCCCUGAAUUAACAUAUUUAAACUGUACAUACAUACAGAUAUGCAGUUGCUUGGUCAGUAGUUGUGUAGAUAAAGUGUGUGAGAGCAGUGCAGAUCGGUGAGUAACAUACACUCUAUUGCCAAAAGUAUUCGCUCACCCAUCCAAACAAUCAGAAUCAGGUGUUCCCAUCACUUCCAUGGCCACAGGUGUAUAAAAUCAAGCACCUAGGCAUGCAGACUGCUUUUACAAACAUUUGUGAAAGAAUGGCUCGCUCUCAGGAGCUCAGUGAAUUCCAGCGUGGAACUGUGAUAGGAUGCCACCUGUGCAACAAAUCCAGUCGUGACAUUUCCUCACUCCUAAAUAUUCCACAGCCAACUGUCAGCUGUAUUAUAAGAAAGUGGAAGUGUGUGGGAACGACAGCAAUGCAGCCACCAAGUGGUAGGCCACGUAAACUGAUGGAGCAGGGUCAGCGGAUGCUGAGGUGCAUAGUGCCAAGAGGUCACCAACUUUCUGCAGAGUCAAUCGCUACAGACCUUCAAACUUCAUGUGGCCUUCAGAUUAGCUCAAGAACAGUGCUUCAGCAGAGAGCUUCAUGGAAUGGGUUUCCAUGGCCGAGCAGCUGCAUCCAAGCCAUACAUCACCAAGUGCAAUGCAAAGCGUGGGAUGCAGUGGUGUAAAGCACGCCGACAUGGACCGACAUCAUACUGAACCCUAUGGAUUAGGAAAGGGAUGUCACUUACGUUCAUAUGCGAGUCAAGGCAGGUGAGUGAAUACUUUUGGCAAUAUAGUGUAUCUGGAUGGCACAGUGUCAAAAGGGUGAUGCAUGUUAAAAAACUGUUGCGCUGAGAAAAAAAAAUACAGAUGCAAAUGUGAAUGCUUCCGUGUGCAGUGAAAGGUGAAAUUCUGUCUGGUCUGAAUUUGAAAACUUAACAGCAGUUUAAUGACUGUGUGAAUAUGCACAUGGGAAACGUUUAGCAAUCAACUCUGACCUUAACUUCUGACCAGUAUGUGCUCGUUUGAUGUGAUGUUUUUCUUUCCCACUACUGCAGGCGGGGCGUUAGUUAUUCUGCGUCUAUGUAGGUUAACAAAUAAAUUCUGUUGGUGUUAUUACAUUGAA